AUGCCUUUGCAAAAUGUUUCCAUUUCCCAUCAUGUGUCAUUUAUCCUACUUGGAGUUCCUGGACUGGAAGAAUUCUAUGUUUAUAUCGGUUUGGUCUUCUUCGUAGCUUAUGUGAUAUCACUUAUGGGAAAUUUUACUCUUCUCUUCAUCAUCAAGAUCGAGCAAAGCCUCCAUGAGCCCAUGUACUUAUUUUUGUGUAUGUUGUCUUCUAUUGACUUGGUGCUUUCCAGCUCAACCAUACCCAAAAUGAUAUCAAUCCUCUGGUUCAACUCCCAAGAGAUUUACUACGAAGCUUGCCUCACCCAAAUGUUCUUUGUUCACUCGUUUGCCACCAUGGAGUCUUCAAUUCUUCUAGCCAUGGCUUUUGACCGCUACCUCGCAAUCUGUAUCCCAUUGAGAUACACAUCCUUGCUUACCAAACAGCUUGUUGUCUAUAUAGGUUUGGGAUUUCUGGGCAGAGCAGUGGGGGCCGUUCUACCUUUGCCCAUUUUAUUUAAGAGGUUAACUUUAUGUAAGGAAAACAUCAUCCAUCACGCUUUCUGUGACCACAUGGCUGUAGUGAAGCUGUCCUGUUCAGAUACCACAAUGAAUAGUCUCUAUGGACUGGUCGUUGCUCUUUUUAUUGUGGCUUUGGAUUUAAUGCUGAUAAUAUUGUCCUAUGCACUGAUUCUUUCUGCUGUCUUUAAGUUGUCCACCAAAGAAUCCAGACUCAAGGCUCUUAGUACAUGUGCCUCCCAUAUUUGUGCCAUACUUGUAUUCUAUGUCACAGUUGUUCUCUCUUCAGUGGUGCAGAGGUUUGGGAGAAAUGUUCCUAUCUACAUCCAUGUCUUGUUGGCCAGUGUCUACCUCAUACUACCUCCUCUAAUUAACCCCAUUAUUUAUGGUGUGAAAACAAAACAGAUUCAAAACAGGGUAAUGAAACUGUUUGUGUUUAAAAACAGAGAAAAGGUAAAUGAUCUUGGUUCUUCAUAUUAG